AAGUUUCGAACUUGGAAUAAGUAUCUUCGUAUAAAUUUUGAAACUGAUUAUCUAAGCUGGUGGGAAUUUUAUUAUGUAAUUCAAUUAGGUAAGAAAACAUUUGCAUGGUAUGUGAAAUAUCAGUGAGGUUAAUGGAGAAAUAGACUUUGUGAUAGUGAUGAAUAUUUCUUGCAUUACCCUGUUGUAUGGGUUGCAAAUAAUGUUCCGAGGCUAUGUGGACAGCUAUGGUGGUCUAACAGGUUUAUUUGUCUGAGGCUUAGACUUAGUGACGAGAAACUCUUUAUAUUGUUUGGUUUGCAAAAGGUUGUCGUGUUCUUGGCACCGUCUCUUAGUUUCAUCUAUAUUUUUAGGGGGUGCAAUCAUUGCUGGGGCAAUUUCUGGAGGAUAAUUUAAUCGAGCAAAUUCUCGUAAUUCAUGAAGUUUGUUACAAAUUUAUGAAUGUAAAACGCUAUAGUCUGGGGAAUGAAUAUCAAAAAGUUGACGAGUCAAAUUUUCUUCAGUUUGGUAAUCUUUAAAUCUAGUGGUUAAAAUAGCAGAAAGAUGUUCAAUAGAAAUAGGAUUAGUUUGUUCUGUAAAUUCGGCAGGUUCACCUUGUAAUCUAGACUUAAUAAAUGUUAAAGCAUGCCCUUUAUAGGAAAUAGGUAAAGCGUUAUAAAAUUCUGUAGACUUUCUUAAAAAUGUAGAAAGAUUGUUUGAAUGGCCAUCAAAUAUAGGAAUUGAAUCUUUUAGCAUGUUAAAAAUUAAUUGAGGAUUAUCAUGCUGAACGACAUUCUGUUGAUUUGAAGUAGCCAUUCUUAUAGGAGAUCUUUCUCUUUCGGUAGGCACAAAACGAUUAACAAAAGGAUGUUUAAUAGAUGCAAGAUAAAAAUGAGUAAAAAUAGGUGAAA